GCGAUCCGCGCAGAGAGCGGGAGGAGAGGAGCGCUGCCAUGGCACUGCGAGGUGCUAGCCGGAGCCGGGCGUGAUCGCAGCAUCUAGGGAGCUGCGGUUCCCAAUCAAUCGGUACAAUAGAGCAGAGCACGGCUGCCCUAGCGUGCAGAUCAGACGUCUCGCCUUGUUUCUAGAUCACCGGGAGCCUCUGGACCAUGUCCUACCCGCAGUUCGGCUACCCCUACUCCUCCGCGCCCCAGUUCCUGAUGAGCACCAACUCCCUGACGCCUUGCUGCGAGUCCGGCAGCCGCACGCUGCCCGAGUCGGGCCCGGCCGCCCCAGCACAGACGCCGGUCUAUUGUCCCGUCUACGAGAGCCGUCUGCUCGCCACCGCCCGCCACGAGCUCAACUCCGCCGCCGCUCUGGGGGUCUACGGCAGCCCCUACGGCGGCCCCCAGGGCUACGGGAACUACGUGACCUACGGCACCGAGGCACCCGCCUUCUACUCGCUGAACACUUUGGAGGCGAAGGACGGCGGCGGCUCUGCGCAUGCGGGCAUCUCUCCGGCGGCUGCUUACUACCCUUACGAGCACAGCCUCAGCCAGUACCAGUACGACAGAUACGGGGCGAUGGACGGCGGCACGAGGCGGAAGAACGCCACCAGGGAGACCACCAGCACGCUGAAGGCCUGGCUGCAGGAGCACCGCAAGAACCCCUACCCCACCAAGGGCGAGAAGAUCAUGCUGGCCAUCAUCACCAAGAUGACCCUCACCCAGGUCUCCACCUGGUUCGCCAACGCCCGCCGCCGUCUCAAGAAGGAGAACAAGAUGACGUGGCCGCCUCGGAACAAGUGCUCGGACGAGAAGCGGCCCUACGAAGAAGAGGAAGAGGAGGAGGAGGAAUGCUCGCAGGAAGACCCCAUGAAAAGAGAGAAGGCCGAGGGUACCCUGCUAGGAGCGGGCACUUAGCGGCUCGGCCGCGGGGGCUCGGCCGCC